AUGGAAAUCACUAAUCACCUUUGGAACGCUUUAAUACCGGUGGAGAUUUCUUAUACAAAUUCGAAUUCAACUGCGCAAAAUCGUCGAAUAUUUACCACACUUUUGCCAAGGAAUUCAUACCUCUAUUUGCACUUACCCCAAGUAUUAGCAUUCUUUCAAAUUCCACUAUCCAAGCUCUCCCAGGCAUGGUUUGAAAGUGGCGAUGAAAUUGUGGGAUGGUCGAUACCCCUCGAUGUGCAUUAUAAUAGCCAAAACAGCCGCACGUAUUUUCUUACUUUGCAGUUGGGAAUAUGCAAAUCUUCAUCCAUUAGGAUGUAUCAUAGCCAGCUUUCAGAUUCAUUUUGGGAGAAACAUUGGAGAAAUACAAUAAAAGAAGCAUGCUAUGUUUUGAACAGAUCUUGUAAUGUCGUUUUAGCAAUGAGCUUACAAGAUGGGAAAGACUGGUGGAAUUCAGUUAUCAGUCAACGUGUGACUAUUUUUGAGAAACACUUCAAGAAGUUGGUACCCAAAAAUAUAACGAAAGUUCCUGUGAAAAUAUACCGUGUAUCAGGUUGUAAAAUGGUAGAUUAUGAACAAAUAAAUGCCAUCGGUGGAGAUUUGAAAGAUUUGACUGAAGUUGGAGAUAAUAGGACGAUCUUCAUUGUUCACGGCGUUGAGAUUCCACCAGAUACUGGUAUUAUAGAACUAUACAAAAUUAUGAAGCAUUUUGAUGGAUUUUUACACGUUGUUAUUAAAGACAUCUAUAUAAGCGAAUCACGCUUCGGGCAUCUUGAAAACAGCCUGUAA